AUGAUGAUGAGGUCAUCUCUUGCCAAGUGCAUUGUUCUCAUUGCCCUCGCAAUCUCCGUUGGAGUGAGUGCCAUCCAAGAACCGAAGACGGGCCUUGAUUUUCCAGGCAAGUUCCAAGGAGCCGCCUUAUCCGGGCUAGGAGUCCGAACCAAGGGACCGAUCAAGGUUUAUGCCGUUGGUCAGUAUGGAGAAACGUUUCUACUGAAGAUGAACAUGAAGGUGGGAUCUGAGAAGAUGGCAUCGGCUCUGAGUGAUGCAUUGAAGCCCCGUUGUAAUGACAAGGACAGUAUUGAAGAAUUCAAGACAAUGGUAACACAAGGCCUCCCCAAGGGAUGCAAGAAGGGAACGGACCUUGCUUUUGCCACCAAAGGUGGUAAGGUGGCCUUUACCGUGAACAACAAAGCCAUUGGAAACGUUGGCUCUAAAUCGUUGGCAACAGCUUUUAAGGGAAUUUAUUGCGAUGGCAAAGCUGUUUGCAAGUUGAGCCCAAUAUAG